CUGACUGAAAACGGGCUGAUUCAUUGCCGAUGCUAAAAGGGGUGCACACGAGAGGCAUUAUCUUUCGCUCUUAAUUUCUGGGUGUUAUAUCAGGAGCAUGGACAGACUGCUGAGGCUCGGGGGAGGGAUGCCAGGACUGGGCCAGGGUCCCCCUACAGACGCUCCUGCGGUGGACACAGCAGAACAGGUGUACAUCUCCUCGCUGGCGCUUCUCAAGAUGCUGAAGCAUGGCCGUGCUGGCGUACCCAUGGAGGUCAUGGGGCUGAUGCUGGGGGAGUUUGUGGACGACUACACCGUGCGAGUGAUCGACGUGUUCGCUAUGCCCCAGUCAGGAACCGGCGUCAGUGUGGAGGCUGUAGAUCCCGUCUUCCAGGCUAAAAUGUUAGACAUGUUGAAGCAGACUGGAAGGCCUGAGAUGGUGGUGGGCUGGUACCACAGCCACCCCGGCUUCGGCUGCUGGCUGUCCGGAGUGGACAUCAACACCCAGCAGAGCUUCGAGGCGCUGUCAGAGCGCGCCGUCGCCGUGGUGGUGGACCCCAUCCAGAGCGUCAAAGGAAAGGUUGUGAUCGACGCUUUCAGGCUGAUUAACGCCAACAUGAUGGUUCUGGGCCAUGAGCCGAGGCAGACGACGUCCAACCUGGGCCACCUGAACAAGCCCUCCAUCCAGGCCUUGAUUCACGGGCUGAAUCGCCACUACUACUCCAUCACCAUCAACUACAGGAAGAACGAGCUGGAGCAGAAGAUGCUGUUGAACUUACACAAGAAGAGCUGGAUGGAGGGGCUGACCCUGGAGGACUACAGUGAGCACUGCAGGCUGAACGAGACCAUCGUCAAGGAGAUGCUGGAGCUGGCCAAGAACUACAACAAGGCGGUUGAGGAGGAGGACAAGAUGACCCCUGAGCAGCUGGCCAUUAAGAACGUUGGGAAGCAGGAUCCAAAGAGACAUUUAGAGGAACACGUCGACGUUCUGAUGACGUCCAAUAUUGUGCAGUGCCUAGCUGCCAUGUUGGAUACCGUGGUCUUUCAGUGAAGGCUGACUCUGCUUCGUCAUUUAUGUAAUUUUUUUUUUUUUUUUCUUUUAAAAAAAUAAAAAUAAACUUGUACAAAAUCUCGGACUUGGGUUGCUGGAGUUCCCUAUAAAUAUAGUGUAUGCAAUUAUAAUAAUAAUGUGCCCAUUGCCACCAUAGCUGCAUCACUAAUUGGGAAUGGUCCACUUCACGCCAGGCGAACAUCUCGAGACUUUCCUUUCCAUUUUGGACAGAAGGCAUUUUGUAUGAGUUCUGGGCAGAUAAGGUUGUCAUGCUUUGUCUUUUGAUACUUGUUUUUCAUAUGUUUUCAUGUGUCAUGG